AUGGAAAGAUGUGCUUUGGAAUAUUGUAAAAGAAGAGAUUUCUUACCAUUUUAAUGUACACUUUGUCAUAAGAAAUUUUGUCUCGAACAUAAGGAUCUUAAAGAUCAUGAAUGUCCAUAUUAAUUUGCUGAAGGAAGGCAGUGCAAUGUUCUAAAUGCAACAAAGUUAUACAAUACCUAUCAAACUAAUCAGAAAAUGAGAUUUUAAAGUAACAUGUAUGCGAAUAAGUAAAGAAAGAGGAAUCAAAAUGUCUUUAAUGCAAAAUCAAAUUAAAUGAGGUGA